AUGAAGCCUUGCAAUUCAUUUACAACUCUCAAUGUUCCCUGGCUGAGUCAUCUGCAGCCAUGGUACAACGACGGAGUAUUGCGUUGUCUGCCUAUUCCUACGACAUCCACUAUCGCAGCGCGCAAUCCACAUGCAGACUAUCUAUCACGCCACGCCAUUUCGGAGCAGGCUUCUACGGCUGAUUGUCUACUCAUUCAACCGCUCCCGGCUUCUACGGCCGAUUGUCUACUCAUUCAACCGCUCCCGGUAAGCCGAUCUAAUCUAUUUCGCGAGACCAGGAAAUGUUACCGCGCUAUCAUUUCUUGUGUCCGUCGAGGUUGGCGAGGUGAUAUCAAGCGUCGAGUUCCGGAAUUCUAUAAACGUCGUAAGGAAAUUUCUGUGACGUGUGAUGAUGUCGUGUGCUACAAUGAUCGCAUUAUCGUACCUCCGACAUUACGUACUGCUGUUCGCAAUGACUUACAUUCCAUAACGCAGUACAUUCAACUACGAGACAGUCCAGCAAAGCUGUUUAAGAGUCGAGUACUUCGAACAAAUCUACAUUUGGAGUCUGCGGAAGUCGUGUAUCGUCGUGAUAACGAUCUACAACCCUCCAGGGGCAUUGUACCAGAAUACGGGACAAAGAAGGAAUUACAUCCCAGUACAAAUGUCGAAAACAGUACAGAAGAACCUAGAAGAUCUGAACGAUUACUGAACAAAGCCCGCUGUGAUUACAGAAAACUGGAGCUUCAUUCAAGCUGCGGUGACUGCUCAUGA